CAAUUUUAGUUGAUGAUACUGUUGGUUUUUAUUCAAAUGUGCUCAAUCGCUAUGGUAUUAUCCGACGGAAUAAUAUAAAUAAAUUAAUUAUAGCCAUAAAGCGGCCAAUUUGUGGUUUUAUUAACACCUGCCCACCUGGAUAUAUUUGUAAAAUUAAUGUCUGCGUCCCAGACACACGUAAACCUAGCAUAUCUCUAAAUUUAAAAUAAUUUUCAGGACGUUGUUGUUACCCAGGAAAUCGCUGGCAAAUUUGUUUAACCUGUUUCCCACCAUUCACGUGUGUUCAGGGUAAAUAUUGUAAAUAUGUGCCUCCACCCACAAAACCAACAUCAACGACAACAACAACCCCAGAACCCCCAACAACCUCCAAACUAUCAACUCCCUGUGAUAAGUAUAACCCCUGUCUACCUGGAUAUAAAUGCGAUUAUGGUGUUUGUGUUGAAGAUUAUUAGAAAACUGUUAAAUGAGAUGAUAUGUAAAUAUUGA